AUGACAAUGUUCAGGAACUUAAAACUUCUUCUCUGGAAGAAUUUCAUUUUAAAGAAACGAAAGACUCUGAUAACGGUCCUUGAAAUCUUGAUGCCGUUACUGUUUUGUGCAGUUAUAAUAUAUCUUCGUUUUGGUAGUUUGCCAAGAAAGAGACCUCCUGUAGACUACAAUGUAAUUGACAUCACUUCUCUGCCAGAAUUCUUCAAUCAAUUUCCUCUGAAAAAUAAAUUUCAACUAGUUUAUAUCCCUUCCAAAAGUGAAACUUUGAAGAAUAUCACUGAAAUGGUGAAAGACUUCUUUACUGUUGAGUUUGAAGUUCUAGGCUACUCUUCAGUACCUUUGUUUGAAAAGUACAUAAUUCAAGAUCCCAAAGCUUUUUACGUAUUGGCUGGGAUUGUUUUUGAUCAUAACUUCAAUGACAGCACGGAACCCUUGCCACUUGAGGUUAAGUACUACUUGCGCUUCAGUUUCUUUCAGAGGAAUUAUUUAUCCUUGAGGUUAAUCCUCCAACAAGAUGACAUGCAGGGCUGGCUCACAUCCUUUCUUUAUCCUCCGAACCUAAGCCAAGAGCCCCGAGACUAUGGAGUUCCUGAAGGGGGAGCUCCAGGAUACUACCAAGAAGGCUUCCUGGCCAUACAGCACGCCACAGAUAGAGCCAUCAUGUGGCACCACGCUCCCGCUGAGACGACCGGGCUGUUUCAGAGCCUCAGUGUGCUUCUGAAGAGAUUCCCACAUGGUGCAUAUGUCCGGGACCUCUUCUUCCUCGUCCUUCAGAAUGAGUUCCCUCUUUUCCUUAUGCUCAGCUUCAUCUGCAUUGAGCUCAUCACCAUCAAUUCCAUCGUACUGGAGAAGGAGAGAAAGCUGAAGGAGUAUAUGUGCAUGAUGGGGCUGCACAGCUGGCAACACUGGGUGGCUUGGUUCAUCGUGUUCUUCAUUUCUGCCUCCAUUGUGGUUUCUUUCAUGACCUUUCUGUUCUGCAUAGAGUUUGACGAGUCAGCAGUAUUUGGAAACAGUGACCCUAGUUUGAUAUUUGUGUUUCUAAUGUGUUUUGCAAUUGCCACAAUUUUCUUUGCAUUCAUGAUCAGCACUUUCUUCCAAAAAGCUCAUGUUGCCACUGCCUCAGGAGGCAUCAUCUUCUUCUUCACCUACCUCCCUUAUCUCUACCUUACGUUCACAUACACCCAAAGGAGCUUCUUCCAAAAGAUUACCUUUUGCCUCCUCUCCAAUGUUGCCAUGGCACUGGGAGUCCGAUUAAUCUCCACAUAUGAAGCAAGAGGCACAGGCGUCCAGUGGAGGAACAUGGGCCAUAUAGGAGGAGAGUUUAACUUCACUCAGGUGCUGCUGAUGCUGCUGCUGGACUCUGUCAUAUAUGGCUUGGUGGCCUGGUAUGUGGAGGCCAUCUUCCCAGGAGAGUAUGGUACACCCAAGCCCUGGUACUUCUUUCUCAUGCCCUCCUACUGGUCGGGAGAACCUAUAUCCCUUAGGAAUCCUGUGCUAGACUUAGAGGAUCCUCAGCAAGCUCUGGGAAACAAGUUCAUUCAGGAUGAGCCUACCAAUUUGAUAAAAGGCAUUGAAAUCCAGCAUCUAUACAAGGUGUUCUACAAGGGAAGGGAUGAACACGUGGCAGUUAAAGACCUGACCGUGAAUCUAUACCAGGGCCAGAUCACGGUUCUGCUGGGCCACAACGGAGCAGGCAAGACCACCACCUGCAGCAUUCUCACAGGACUUAUUACUCCCUCAAGUGGACAGGCAUUUAUCAAUGGAUAUGAAAUUUCUCAAGACAUGCUUCAAAUCCGGAAGACCAUGGGCUGGUGCCCCCAGUAUGAUAUCUUGUAUGAUAACUUGACUGUAGCGGAACAUCUUUAUUUCUAUGCUCAGCUGAAAGGCUUGCCGCGUCAGAAGUGCCCUGAGGAGGUCAAACGCAUGCUGCACGUGCUCGGGCUGGAGGAGAAGCGGGACUCCCGGAGCAGGUUUCUGAGCGGCGGGAUGCGGCGCAAGCUCUCCAUCGGCAUCGCCCUCAUCGCGGGCUCCAAGGUGCUGAUGCUGGACGAGCCCACCUCAGGCGUGGACGCCGUCUCCAGGAGGGCCAUCUGGGACCUUCUGCAGCAGCACAAAAGCGACCGCACCGUCCUGCUGACCACGCACGUCAUGGACGAGGCCGACCUGCUGGGGGACCGCAUCGCCAUCAUGGCCAAGGGGGAGCUGCAGUGCUGCGGGUCGCCGCUGUUCCUCAAGGAGAAAUACGGUGCAGGAUAUUAUAUAACUCUGGUAAGAAAACCACAUUGUGACACAGAGAAGAUUUCCCUUCUGGUUUACCAGCACAUACCAAAUGCAGUUUUCCAGUCUAGCAUUGGAGAAGAACUGACAUUUAUACUUCCUAAAGAGAGCACGCACAGGUUUGAAGCUCUGUUUACUGACUUGGAACUGAGGCAGGAAGAGCUGGGCAUUGCCAGCUUUGGGGUCUCUGUCACCACUAUGGAAGAAAUCUUCAUUCGGGUUAAUAAGCUGAUGGAUUCCGACAUAGACUUGCAGAUCAUCAAGCUUCCCUCCUUCCAUUCUCAUCCACUGGUGAGCAGAGUUCCUGUCAACAGGAUUAAACGUCUUCAUUCAAGGAUUUUCUCAAUACCAUCCGGCCUACCCAUCCAUCCUAACACUGGGUUCAGCCUUCUCUGCCAACAGUUCUAUGCCAUGUUCUUGAAAAGGGCUACCUAUUCUUGGCGCAACUGGAUCAUGAUGCUGUCAAUACAGAUCCUGGUGCCUCUGGUUAUUCUUAGCAUCAGCCUCUCAUUCCUCAACUUCGAUAUAAGCAUGGACAAUAGCCCAUUGGAGCUGACCCUAAAAUCAUAUGGUCAAACUAUUGUUCCAUUCUACAUUUCUCCGAACUCCAGGCUGGGUCCACAGCUUCUAGACCAUCUGACAGAUGUGCUUAUGGCUGAGGACCAGAAUCCUCUGGAGCUGCAAAGCCCAGUGGAACCAUUCCUCCUGAAAAAGUUGGAGGAGGAGCCCGAGGCCUUUGACCAGAACUACCUGGUAGCCAUUUCUUUUGACGACGUGGGGAACCACACCAUCGUGACAGCACUGUUCAAUAACCAGGCGUACCAUUCCACGGCCCAGGUGCUGGCGCUGGUGGAUAACAUCCUGUUCAAGUUGCUGUCUGGGCCCAGGGCAUCCAUAACGGUACUGAACCACCCUCAGCCUCAGUCGAGCGUGGAGACCGCGGAGGACAUCUUGUAUGAGGGCCCUAAAGGACAUUAUCUUGUCAUCAACUUGCUUUUUGGAAUGGCUUUCCUUUCGAGUUCCUUUUCCAUCUUGACAGUCAAAGAGAGAGGCCUCAAGGCCAAGCAGGUCCAGUUCAUCAGCGGCGUCCACGUGGCUACGUUCUGGCUCUCGUCUCUGCUAUGGGACCUCCUGUCCUUCCUUGUCCCCAGCCUGCUGCUGCUGGUGGUGUUUCUAUACUAUGAUGAGGAGGCUUUUACACACGAGGAGAAUGUCCCAGCUGUCUUCUUGAUGCUGAUGCUCUAUGCCUGGGCCAUCAUCCCCUUCAUCUACCUGACCAGCUUCUGCUUUGACAAUGCGGGGAAUGCCUGUGUCAAACUCAUCAUCAUGCUGACCUUUCUGAGCAUUGGCCCCUUUGUUCUUGUCUCGGUCACAAGUGAAAAAGAACUUGGCUACACAGCGAUCUCAGAGUCCCUGGAUAACAUGUUCCUACCGCUUCCAGGCCAUUGCCUAGGGAUGGCUUUAUCCAACCUGUACUACAACUUUGAACUGCAGAAGUUUUGCAAGGUCAAGAGCUUGGACCAGAUUGAGUGCAGUAAAGUUUCGGAGGGCUAUGUGGUCCAGGAGGACAUCUAUGCCUGGGAGUCUCUUGGGACAGGGAAGUACCUGACAGUCCUCGCCAUCUUGGGGCUCGUGUACCUCAUCCUGCUUUUCCUCACUGAAACCAAUGUCUUAUGGGAACUGAAAUCCAGGUUUUCUGGCCUCUCCUGGAAGCAAAAAAUGGUUGUUUUGCAGAAUGCAGAGUCUGUGCCUGGAGACCAAGAUGUGGAAGAGGAAGCAAAAAUAAUCAAGAACUCUUGGGAAGAUCUGUGUAAGAAAAACCCACUGGUCCUUAAAGAACUAUCUAAGGUCUAUUCCAGGAAGGUGCCUCCAUUGGCUGUGAACAAGGUUUCCUUCGCUGUUCGAGCAGAGGAGUGCUUUGGUCUUCUUGGCUUCAAUGGAGCUGGGAAAACUACCAUUUUCAAGAUAUUGACUGGGGAAGAGUCUAUCACCUCAGGGGACGCCUUUGUCAACAGCAUCAGCGUCAGCUUUGACUUGAGGAAGGUGCGACAGUGGAUUGGCUACUGUCCCCAGGUCGAUGCCCUGCUGGACCACAUGACGGGCAGGGAGACGCUGGUCAUGUUCUCCCGGCUCCGGGGCAUCCCUGAGCGUCACAUCAGCUCCUGUGUGGACCAAAUUCUUGAUGACUUGCUCAUGUACACGUAUGCCGACAAAUUGGUGAAGACCUACAGUGGCGGCAACAGGCGGAAGCUGAGUGCCGGCAUUGCCCUGCUGGGAGAGCCUGUGGUCAUUUUCCUGGAUGAGCCAUCCACUGGCAUGGACCCUGUGGCCCGGCGUCUGCUCUGGGGCACUGUGGCACGGGCCCGAAAGUCCGGCAAGGCCAUCGUCAUCACCUCCCACAGCAUGGAGGAGUGUGAAGCCCUGUGCACCCGGCUGGCCAUCAUGGUGCAGGGUCAGUUCAAGUGCCUGGGCAGCCCACAGCACCUCAAGAGCAAGUUUGGCAGUGGCUACUCCCUGCGGGCCAAGAUCCAGAGUGACGGGCAGCAGGAGGCCCUGGAGGAGUUCAAGGCGUUCGUGGGCCUGACCUUCCCAGGCAGCGUCCUGAAGGAUGAGCACCAAGGGAUGGUCCAUUACCACCUGCCCGGCGAUGACCUCAGCUGGGCGAAGGUGUUUGGCAUUAUGGAGCAAGCCAAGGCGACGUACAUGUUGGAGGACUACUCAGUCAACCAGGUCUCCCUGGAGGACAUCUUCCUGAGCUUCAGCUGCCCUGUGCCCCCUGCCCGAGGGAGUAACAGACAAGAGAGGGCCAAGCCCGCAGACCCCACGUUUCCGUGUCCACCUCUCUCUCCCUCUUCCUCCCAGCGACCCUCUCCACCUCCCACUCCACCCCCCACUCCAUCUUCCUCCCAGCCUUUCUCCUGGUCUCCCACUCCAAUUCCCUUCAGGCCUUCCUCCUGGUCUUCAUCUCAGCCACCCUCUCUGCCUCGCUCUCCACCUGCCUCCCAGCCUCCCUCACCACAUCCCUCAAAAACUGCCUUGCUGGAAUAA